CUAUUUCAAAAUACUUCCCACUUCUGAGUUCCCCAAUUUCGAGAAAUUCUUCGGUAGAAUGAACGGUUCAUGCUUGAAUUUCGACAGCCCGAUUCGAGACGCCAUUUCCAGGAUCCGGUUUGCUCCAGUUUCGAACAAUCUUCUUAUUUCCUCUUGGGAUUCGAGUCUCCGACUUUUCGAUGUGGAUAAAUGCGAGCUCAGAUUCGAAGCUCCUAAUGGAGGCUCGGCGGCGCUUCUAGAUUGCUGUUUCGAGAGUGAAUCAGUUGCUCUCGCUGCAAAUUCUGAUGGUUCCAUUCUCAGGUAUGACAUGCGUGUGGGGAACAGCAAAGCAAUAGGAAACCAUGAAGACUUGGCUACCUGUAUUGAAUAUUCUGAGGAAAAACGUCAAGUAAUCAGCGCCGGUUGGGAUAAAAAAGUACAAUUUUGGGAUCCACGCUCAACUAGCUCUCUUGGAUGUUUGAGUAGUUUAGGCAAGGAUGUAGAAUCUAUGUCUCUUUCAGGAUUACUUCUGAUGGUUGCUCACAAGUCAUCAGUGCAUCUUUAUGACUUGCGAUACUUAGAUAGAUCAGUUCAAGCCAAAGAGUACUUCAUGGAUGCCCAAAUAAAAUGCCUCCGUACAAAUUCAGAACUAGAAGGAUUUGUAGCUGGAUCAAUAGAUGGACGGGUUGCAUUGAGACAUGUUGGUCAGUCCAACACAAAUGAAGGAUAUGCUUUCAGAUGCCAUCCAAAGGAUAGGAAAGGAAGACAACAUCUUGUGGCAGUAAAUGACAUUGCAUUUAAUCCAUCCCUAUGUGGGGUCGUUGUUACUGGUGAUAAUGAGGGUUAUGCUACAAUGUGGGAUGUCCUGAACAGGAAACGGUUGGUGGAGUUUCCUAGAUAUCCAAACAGUGUUGCAUCUUUGGCAUGUAAUCACGGGGGGCAGCUCUUGGCGGUCGCAUCAAGUUACACUUACCAGGAGGCCAAUGAAAGGUCAAAUAAAAUUUAUUCAAAACAACAUGAGUACAAGGAGUACUCAAGAUCAAGAAGUACAAAGAGGGGUGUCCACACACACCAACACAAAUACAGGUUAUUUAUUCUCUUUCAUGUGCGUGUGUUUGCAAGUUGCGUCUCCGCACGUGUAUCGAAAAGCUCAGGGCUACUGCAAAGCGUUUGGUGGAUUCUAAAUCUAUCUAGAUAUAAUAACAGUCCCGAGUUGCUGUAACGAGUAAGUUCAGUUUCUAUAUGUUAUCGUUUGUGAAGGAUUCUAAUUUCUAGGUAAUUAAUUAGUCUUACCGGUCCUUAAAAUUCGACGGAUAAUUACUUUAAUUAUAUUUAUAAUUAUAAUAAAUAAAAUUAUCUUUGUAUUAGAAUGAUAAA